AUGUCUUUAGCUUCUUCUGAUGAACUUGUUUAUAAUAAAGUAGCCGAUAUCCUGCGGCAAAGCGAGGAUUUAUACAAGCUUUCGUCCCAUGUCGAAAAAUUUGAGCGAGAAAAAGAUACGUUUGACUUACACGUCAAAACGGAGCUUGAAAAACAUACAGAGAGUUUGCAGAGAGGAAAGAUCGCCCUUCAUGAUUCUCAUUUAAAACGUCAAAAACUACUUAAUGAACUUAAUCAUAUGCGAUCUUUAUGCACGAUGGCUCACAAAAUGGUAGAGCAAUUUCCUCUUAUCAGCGAAGUUUCUCGUAUUUACAAAAAUUGCUAUGCUACUCGGCAAAUGAUUGUGCAGCUUCAAAAUCUGAUGCAGGAAACCGACAUCAUUGAAGAUAUGAUUCGAGAAGAUUUGGAACAGGAUCCCACCAUGCCUAACUUGCUUAAAGCGCACUACAAACUUACUAAACUUCGUACUUUUCGAGAUGAUGCCAUGUACCAAGCUUCAUUAGAGAGUAGGAACGACGCGUCUACCACUCUACAGUCAUCUUUCUCUAACUUAAAUGCUCUUUCUGAAAAGGUUGAUCGACUGAUUUUAAACUUUUGCAGUAAUUUGUUUGAACUUUUAAAAGUCGGCAACACCAAAACGAUUGUCCGAGUGUUUAAAAUCAUUGAAGCUGAAGAAGCUUCAGACGAAAUGCUAAAGAGCAUUAGAAAUGCUCAAUCAAACCUCACCGAUGCGAACGAAGCUCCGUUCAUGAACCUUCAAGGUAGCUCGCGUCAGCUUCGGAACUUUUGGUCUGAGGCAAAAGAGAUUUUCCAAGCGUCGGUCGCCGAACGAUUUCAUCAAGCUUGGUCGAGUUUUGUUACUCAGCAAUCGGAUCUCGAGUUAGAAUGGAUAUUUGACGAUUUGCAAUAUGCAUUUCAGGUUCUUCCAGAGCUUGCUUCUCCAUCCUUCGAUCUUGCCAAGGUGUUUGCUAAUAUUUACCAGCAAUGCCUCGUAAAUCUUGUAAGAGAUUCCAUUUCUUCUGAUACCCCAGCUGCAAUCUUUUUGUAUCUAAUUAACUUUCACAAAGAAUAUCGAGCGUUUUACCAAGAACAUGCUCCAUUUUCCGCUGACGAAAUUCAACCUUUACUAGAAGAUGGAAGCAAUGGAGUAUUAGUAAAAGAAUAUACCAGGCUUUUUACUCAGAAAAUCCAAGAAUGGUCUGAUAAAUUAUUCCAAAGUAGCGUUGAGGCCUUCAUUAAACGUGAGAGUGAACCAGAGCUGGACAGCGACGGAAACUAUGGUAUUCAAGGAACUAUUAUUUUCUUCCAAAUGAUUACACAACAGGUCAACAUCAUUUCCCAAACAAAUAAUCCAGAGGUUGUUAGUACCGUUUUACGAUCUAUUAUGUAUGUAAUGCAGGCGAUGCAAGAGCACUGGAAGACCGUGAUGAGAACAGAACUACACAAACAUCUAUCAGAUACUUCCAAUACUCCUCCGGGACUAAUGGAGUAUUUGUUGGCUCUUGCCAAUGACAACCUAAAAUGUGCAGGUUUCAUGGACAACACGCUUUUGCGUACAAUUGAAUUGGCAACCGAUAGCCGCGAAGAAGACCUUCGUGAAUCUUUCGGUAAAACGGUAGAUGGAUUCAUUUUGCUUAGCGACAUCGGUGUAAAUGAAAUCGUUGAAAUCAUCAGCAACGAUGUGAAGCCUGCUCUUGCUACUUUAUUCCAUCCUGGAUGGUAUCAAUCGAGUAACAUGAAGUUAAUUGUUGAUACAUUUAGAGAUUACAUUGUAGAUUGCAUAGAACAUAUGGUACCUGGUUUAUUCGAUGUUUUCUUGCUUGAAUCUUCUAACGCCCUCACGAUCAAUUAUCUUCGUGGAAUUUAUAAUAAAGGAGUUACAUUCGAAGGUCCUAGUGCUAUUCAGCAAAUACGAUCUGAUGUGGCUCUUGCUAUUCGUGCCUUUGGUGAAUAUAUGGCUGCUGAGCACUUGAAGGCUACCUUUGAACCCAUAGAAAAAUUGCUCCUCGGGAUGUUAGAUGCAGAAUUAAGGAGUGUUGCAGAAUACUUCCGUCUUCUUAAAGAAUCUUAUUGGGAUGCCCCAUUGUCUUUGGUGGAGGUGAUUCUCACAAAUAGGACUGAUCUCGAUCGGGGAACGAUACGAAAAAUGGUUGAAAUUGUUAGACAAGAAAAUGCUAAAGUGCAACAAUACUCUUCGAACAAACCAACAAUUUUUUCCCAGAUUACGCCAGUUAAUGCAACUCCUCUUUAA